ACUGAUUGCCAACUGAUUAAGUGCGGAUUGCAUGGCUUGGGCAUUUUCGCACAGUAAGACAAUAUCAUCCGCGUGCUCAAGGUCGAGAAGUCUUUCUCCAGGCAACAGAUCCACACCGCCAUUGCUUACAUCCAUCAGAGCUGUUUCCAGAAUGUCGUCGAUGGCAAAGUUGAUGAGGAAUGUUGAGAUUGGGCAACCCUGCCUAACCCCACUGCUUGAAUGGGACAAUGGAGAGAGGUGGUUGUAUGCCCUCACUCUGCCUGGGGUGUUUGUAUAUGGGGCCUUUAAGAUGUUAACAAACUUCUCAGGCACACCCUUCUUCACUAGACAAUCCCAGAGAACAGUCCUGUCCAACGAAUCGAAGGCAGCCCUGAUAUCAAGAAACACUACGAUUGUUGGCCUUUGAUAAGUAUGACGGUGUUCUAACAUUUGGUGGAGGGUGAAGAUGUGAUCAAUACAUCCUCAACAAGAACGGAAACCAGCCUACUCCUCGCGAGUCAAUAAUUCUCGGGUUUUGAACAACCUACGAAGUAUGACAGAAGCUAAGAGUUUGGGCGCAAUCGGAAGUAGACUUAUACCCCGAUAGUUGUUACAGGAACGACGUGAACCCUUUUUAAAGAUAGAGACAACUAUCAACUCAUCCCUUGACGUUGGAACACUCUCUAGUUCCCAGACCUUUGUAAACAACGUCGUCCGUUCGUUAGCCAGAAAGCCAUCACCAUCUUUAAAAGGGCCGGAGGUAAUUCAUCUGGACCCGGUGAUUUGUAGUGCUUCAAGCGUUGGAGUUCGUUGCGGACUUCCGCCUCAUUUGGUUGAUCAGUCUUCACAGGUGUUAUAACCUGGGGUUUCCCCGCGUGGGUUCGAAUCCCAUCCCCGUCUCCAAUUGUUAUAACUUGUGACCGCCGAUUGGUGACUUAUCGAUCGGAUCAAUGACGCGUAAACCCGUAUGAGCAGCUUAGAGUUCUGAUUGGUCCUCCUUUCCGCCUAGCCCAGCCAGUUAAAUCCAGAACACCAAUCCGAGCCUCUGCGAUAUGAAUCCUUAUAUUUCAAACAUACUGAGUUUAUAUACUAAUCAAACAGACCACAACGUAGCAUAAAGUAGAAAAUAACAUUUGUACAAAAUUUGGCCAAAUGUGGCUGUGAAUAUGGGAAGCAGUGACUAAUGGAACUUUCUAGUCGAACAGCACAUAACUGACUGUUAAGGAGGAUCCAAUCGAUUAGUGCUGCCUCAGCUCUAGCGCUUAGUGCGACACCAACGCCAGAAAAACUAGACCAAGAUGCUACAGGGUCCCCGGAUAAACGCACGUAAAAGAAGCUUUUUGAAGCGACAGAUGGAGAGCGAAUUUGUAGUACUUCACCAGAGUCUUGAGUAGGGGUCUCGGAUAGACAACAAACAUCAAUAUUAAGACUUUCCAAAGACAUAUCUAGCCCUAUCUGUUGUCCGACCUGCAUAAGUGUGCGAACGUUGAAGGCAGCCAGUUUGAAUGGUGCACGUGGUUUCAGAAAAACUGCUUCAGUAUUCGUAUUUGGUGGUAGCAUACAAUUUUCAAUCAGGCAGUGGCUCGAGAAUGUUUAGAUAGAACCGAGUUUCCACCAUAAGCGAGCUACUGUAUAAGUCGAAAAAUAAGGAUACAUAGAGCGGGAAUAAAAGAGAGUGAAUAAGUGACGUAAAAAAAUGAUUUGAAUUGUUUGACUUUUAAUCGAAACGUGAAUAGUAUUUUCAGUAAAUAUAGUCCUUUUAUUUGAUUUGUGUGUGGUCUGUGACACUGCCCGGGUUCCCAGGACAAAGCAGGUGGUCUUCCUAGGGGGCCACACCUUGUGCCUUUGACCUAAAGGUCUAAUCCACAAUGCAGUGGAGCAUGGUGAGGAGAUGCAGUCCCAUUGUAGCCGGUGACCAACAAUUGGUUCAUACGCCAUUUGUUCCCUCAUGGAUACUGGAGCCUAUGUGCACCAUUGGUUUUGAAUCCGGUUAAAGCGCCGGACGUUCGCUUUUUGUCCUCUCAGUUUUAUAAACAACAACUCCUGCCCCGAGAAGGCAGUGGGUAGGACUUCUCUGGCAAAGGCUUGUUACGCGUGGCCGUGUGAGAGCAUUUCGAGUUGGAGGGCGGGCCCACCCCACUCUCAGCCAUCCCAUUGCAUUCGGGGCUUGGAAUAAUUGAUCUUAAUUGUGGAAUAACCAAGUGUUGACCAUGAGGUGUUUUACCCUAAUCUAGUAUUUCAAUCUAUUUGACUGCGUUUAGGACUGACUUGUCUCAGAUACACUUAGUUGCAAGUAUGGAUUUCAUAUCUAAAAUUAUGGAUUAAAAGAUCUAGUUUGUUCCUACUUAUAUAUUUGCAUAGAUGAAGGGCUUUUUUUAAAGAAUACAGUCAUCUAUAAUAGCAAUAAUCUCUUUAUUCAAUAUCAUAUGUUUAAUACAGAGGUGGAACUCUCAGCAUAAAAUAUCUCAACAGGGCGUUCCUAUCCUUCUUUACGUUAAAAUUGAUGUGUGUACAUAUAAAUCCAAGUUGUUUACCAGAUGAUCGGGAUUUUUAUGGGAACAAACGUAUCGAAUUAGCUGGUAGCUUGCUGGCCCUUUUAUUCGAAGACGUCUUCAAGACAUUUAACGAAGAUCUCUGGUUAACAGUAUCCAAGAUUGAUACAAAACGCCGAUGUACACCUUUUGAUAUAUCUCGACAUAUCAAAACGUGGAUGAUAACCGAACAGUUAAAUAGAGCAAUUUCUUCUGGAAAUUGGAUCAUAAAACGAUUCCGUAUGAUGCGACAUGGUGUUACACAAGUUGUUAGCCGUUUAUCUUACGUUGCUGCCUUAGGACAUAUGACUCGAAUGACGAGCCAAUUUGAAAAAACUCGUAAGGUCUCUGGUCCACGUUCUAUUCAUGCAAGCCAAUGGGGUCUUAUCUGCCCAUCUGACACACCUGAAGGGGAAGCUUGUGGACUUGUUAAAAAUGUUGCUCUCAUGUGUCACGUUACGGUCGAAGUAGACGAUGCACAUUUGAUUGAGCUAAUUAGCAACUAUUAUACAUUUCCACUCUACCAGAUGAGAUAUGCUAAAAAUGAGUACGUAAUAUAUGUAAAUGGAAAACCGAUUGGAUUCACUCAACACCCUGGAAAACUAUGUGUUUUGAUUAGAGGUCUUCGGCGUUCGGGUAGAAUUCACGGCUUUGUUUCUGUUUAUAUCAAGCAAGCUUAUCAGUGCGUUCAUGUCGUUAGUGAUGGUGGCAGAUUCUGCAGGCCUUAUAUUAUUCUGUGCAAUGGAAGACCACUCGUAACGGAAUCUGUUCUUCAGGAUUUACGCCACAAUGUUCUAAAUUGGGAUGAUCUAUUGAAAAAAGGGUUAGUUGAAUAUUUGGAUGUUAAUGAACUCAACGAUUGUCUUGUUGCAAUGGACGAGUCCUGUUUAACCGACGGUAAUCACUAUACUCAUAUGGAAAUCGACCCCGCCACAAUUUUAGGUGUCGUUGCUGGUUUAAUUCCUUAUCCGGAUCACAAUCAAUCUCCCCGAAAUACUUAUCAAUGUGCUAUGGGUAAGCAAGCUAUCGGCACUGUUGCACUUAAUCAGCAAAUCCGUUUUGAUACACUUCAAUGUCAAAUGGUCUACCCUCAAAAACCCCUUGUUCAGUCAAAAACUAUUCAAAUGAUGCACUUUGAUGAGCUUCCUGCCGGUCAAAAUGCAGUUGUAGCAAUAAUGUCUUAUUCUGGGUAUGACGUUGAGGAUGCAUUGGUUAUUAACCAAGCUUCAAUUGAUCGAGGUUUUGCUCGUGCUUGUGUUUAUCGUCGGUCGGGUGUUCAUCUCAAAAUGCAUGAAAAUGCAGUUUACGAUCGCUUAAUGGGCCCUAGCAUAGAGCGAGAGACCGGCGUUCUUCGUCGUGGAGAUGAGGUGCUUCAGGCUGAUGGAGUUGCUUACAUUGGUGCUUGUGUUAACGACCGUCAAAUCCUUAUCAAUAAAGAAAUGCCUGUUGUUAGUUCAAGCGCUGUAUUGGAUAAUGCGGGAUCGCUUAGUUUGAAUGUGAAUACACCUGAGAACGCGACGGAAUUUAAGCGUUGUCCCGUAGACUACAAAGGGAUAGAACCGUCCUAUGUAGAAAAAGUUAUGUUUUCCACAUCAGAAGGAAACCAGGCAGUAGUAAAGAUAUUGUUACGUCAAACUAGAAGACCCGAAGUUGGCGAUAAGUUUUCCAGCCGCCAUGGUCAAAAAGGAGUCGUUGGACUUAUUGUUCGUCAAGAAGAUUUGCCUUUCUCAACGAAUGGCCUUACUCCUGACAUCAUAAUGAAUCCUCAUGGAUUUCCCAGUAGGAUGACGGUGGGUAAAUUGUUAGAAGUCUUGGGUAGCAAAGCCGGGGCCAUCGAAGGAAAAAUUCGAGACGGUUCAGCGUUUUCUGGGGAUCCUGCUGAAGUCCUUUCACAAGUACUUAUUGAUCAUGGGUAUCAUUAUCUUGGCAAGGAGAUUUUGUAUUCUGGAGUUACUGGAGCCCCUCUUGAAGCGUUUAUUUACUUUGGUCCUGUUUAUUACCAGCGACUUAAGCAUAUGGUUAUGGAUAAAGUACAUGCUCGCUCACGCGGGCCCGUCACAGCAUUGACUCGACAGCCGACGGAGGGUCGUAGUAGAGAAGGAGGUUUACGAGUUGGAGAAAUGGAACGAGACUGUUUUAUUGCUUAUGGUACUUCACAAUUACUAUUAGAACGUCUUUUGCUUUCCAGCGAUGCCUAUGAUGCAUGUGUAUGUGAAAAAUGUGGUUUGUUAGCUACAUCACCUAACUGGUGUCAGUAUUGUCGAAGUAGCCGUCAAGUUGUUUCUGUCCGUAUGCCGUAUGCCUGCAAGCUGCUUUUCCAAGAACUGAUGUGCAUGAGGAUUCUGCCGCGCCUUCGUUUAAGGACUGCCUAUCAUAGCAGUAUACACACUAAAUCUAGGUGAUUCAUUUUGUAUAUUCAAAUUAAUUGUUGUUGAUAACUCUGCUAUAUAAUUCUUAUGAAUUUGUAUAAAAUCAGCUGUCACUAUUUGAACAUGUUUUACUUAUAUUUAUCAAUGCGUAUUUCCAUUUACUGCGAAUCGAUAGUGAGUACAACAUAAGGGAACUGAUUAAGAACCAAUUAAGAAAUUUUUAAACGGGUUAACAAGUCAAAGGUAAACGAAGAAAGACGUCCAUGUUCCUUGUAUUCAUUUAUCUAAAUAUGCUUGUGUUUAAAUACUUGAUAAAAAUGUAAUGACUUUAGACAAAUUCUUGUUAUUCUCUUAAAAACAUUUGAUUUUCGUGUUUGCAGCCUUUCGAUUCUCUCGUGUCUAUCGGGAUUCAAAGUGUAUUCAAUUCUCUUUAUUUUUCUUAGUUUUUGGUUGAAAUUAUUUAUCUUACCUU